AUGGCCUUGCAGGAAAUAAUAGCAUUAUUCAAGGAAAGAGCACAGCAAACCAAAGGAUCAAAUACCACAAGAAGUUAUUUAAUCCGAACUGACAAGAGGGAUGUACGAAUUUGUCAAGAGUUGUAUAGCCAGCAAUCCUGUGAUUAUUCUGAAGAGAUUGAAGAUCUAGCUGAAAUUAUCUCACCUGGGUAUGAAAUACCUAUCGAAACUGAAGAAGCAUUGCAAUUGUUUGUUACAAUUACCACAGAGCUUGACUGCUUAAGGUUUUAA